AACUUUUUCUUUUGCCAUAGACCAAUACCAUUAAGCAAGGGGUUUGUGGACCUCAGAUUGGAAAAUACCUUCUCUAGAGACUGUUGUGCGUGACAAUCCCAGGAGAUCAGCAGUGUCUGAGAUGCUCAGAUCACCCCAUCUGGCACCAACAAUCAUUCCACGGUCAAAGUCACUUAGAUCGUGUUCCUUCCCCAUUCUGAUGUUUGGUCUGAACAGCAGCUGAGCCUCUUGACCAUGUCUGCAUGCUUUUAUGCAUCGAGUUGUUGCCACAUGAUUGUCUGAUUAGAUAUUUGCAUUGAGGAGCAAGUGUGUAGGUGUCUCUAGUAAAGUGGAUGCUGAGUAUAAAUCUGAAAUUUGAAGGAAACCGCAGUCUGUUUUGUGAUAUUUUAAUAAUAUGCAGACACUUGGAAAGCCACCAAUUUCUUCAUGGCAGAGCCUCCACUAACAGUGAACGCUUUAAAUUAAGAAUCCUUUUUCAGAACGGAGAAAGAGGGAUUAAUUAAAUUAGUGGUUUUAGGUUGCCAAAGCAGUGGUUGGAAGAGUGAAUAGGUCAAAGGGAAUAUCCGUGAGUUGCCAUAGAGAUCUGUUGUUUCGUUACCAGGGGCAACUGUAGUAUUGGAGGAAGUUGGCUGAGCUUGUAUUAGGCAAGUCCCACGGCCGAGAUGGAAGGCAACCUGCGAUUUGGCAGGACAUAGAAUGGACACGGAGAUGUUUCUAUCAGAGGCACCCCCUUGGAGCUGCGGGACAGCCGGUCCGCUCCCCACUCGGCCAUGUGCUCGCGGGUGCAGUUUCGCCAACAGCUGAUGAGGGAACAGGCGCAGGAGCAGGAGAGGCGCGAGCAGGCGGCCGCCCAGAGGCAGCUGGAGCAGCCCCCCGCCCCUGCCGCCCGGCCCAUCCCUGUCGGCAUGCCGACCACCGCACACGUCCCCGCCAACAUCCUGAAGGUGCAGACCCAUCUGGAAAACCCCACCAAGUACCACAUCCAGCAGUCUCAGAGGCAGCAGGUCAAGCAGUACCUUUCCACCACCCUGGGCAACAAGUCGGCCGCCUCCCAGGCAGUGGCCGCUGCCACCUCGCCCGGACCCCAGGAGCGGACGCCUUCCCGGGCCAGUGGGAGCACCCCCGGCAGCCCCAUGGUCCUGCUCAACGUCGGCUCCAACCCUGAGACGGAGAUUGACGAAGUCAUCGAUGAGAUCAUCAGCCUGGAAUCGAGCUACAAUGACGAUGGUUUGAGUUUGCUGGACAUCGGGGUGCAAAUGCCCAACACGCUGCCAGUGUCUGGGACCCUGCUGAGCACCUACACCAACCCCGGCCUGAGCAACGCUGCCAUCACCAUCAGCAACUCCUGCCCAGCCAAGCUUCCCAACACCAAGGAUGCCGCAGAUGUCGAUAUGAAAGCUUUGAUCAAAGAACGACAGAAGAAAGACAACCAUAACCUCAUUGAGAGAAGACGGAGGUUUAACAUUAACGAUCGGAUCAAGGAGCUGGGAGCCAUGAUCCCAAAAUCAAAUGACCCAGAAGCCCGCUGGAACAAAGGCACCAUCCUAAAGGCGUCGGUGGACUACAUCCGCAAGCUGCAGAAGGAGAGCAGCCGCUCCAAGGAGCUGGAAACCCGGCAGAGGAAGCUGGAGCACGCCAACCGGGUCCUGCUGCUGCGGAUACAGGAACUGGAGAUCCAGGCCCGGGUACACGGCCUGUCGCUGACCUCCCCCUCGGGCCUCAGCACUGCCCAGCUGGCUGCACAGGUCGUCAAGCAGGAACCGUCAGCCGCAGAGUGUAUGUCACUGGCUGCGCCGGUGCCGGGGGCUGAGACAGGCCCACCCUUCGAGCUGGGCUUGGAGCCAGACUUGGGGCUGGGCUUGGGCCUGGGACCAGAGCUGGGCCUGGGGCCCCUCGAUGAGCUGCCCUACCCCCUGAAGCUGGACUCGGGCCUGAGCGAUGUGCUAAUGGAGGGGCCACUCUCGCCGGUGGGGGCAGCUGACCCCCUGCUCUCCUCCGUCUCCCCCGCCAUCUCCAAGGGCAGCAGCCGCCGGAGUAGCUUCAACAUGGAGGAGGAGCCUGGCCUCUAGGCCGAGGGGGAAGGUGGAGAGGUGUAGGGUGAGGGACAGAGGGUGUGCAGUGCAGGAGGCUGACUAUGAGGGCCCCCUUUCCUCAGCCACAAUCUCCUCCCUCCCUGCUGGCUCCCUCCCCUCCCUUGCCCCUCCAGCUCCUUCCCCUCCUCCACGACUCUCCUGCACCAUCCCCCCCGUACUCUUCUUCUCUGCCUCUGUUCUUCCCUGCUUCCCAGUACUCUGCUUUCUAGCACUCUCUAUCCUCACUAUCCCCACCAUUCCUUCCUCCCCCUCCCACCCCCCUGUCCCACGAUCCUCCUGGCAUCUUCCCCAUCCUCAUAGCCCCCUGGCUCAUCUCCCUCAUGGCCCCCUUCCAUCCCCCUCAAGGCUACUCAGCCUUCCUCACAGCCUCCACCCGCCUCCCUCACCACCCCCUUGCCCAUUUCCCUCACGCCUCCCCACCUCCCUCAUGGAUCCCACUUCAUCGUAAUUCUUCUCCCCCGACAGACCUUCUCCCCAUUCCAUCACACCUUCCCCUUCAUUUCCUCCCUUCUCGUCCAGACUCUUCCCUUCAGUCACCUCUCACAACCCACUGAACUAGACUCUACGCCCCUCCCCCUCCCAGUCUGCUCCGUCCCGGGUCCCGACUGUUUCUGAAGCCUCCCAGAGUUGAGUGUCCCGGAUCUCACCGGACCUGGGAGCGGUGCCGCGGAGCCGGCUGUGAAUUUGGGGAGAGGAGGGCGUUAGCUUCUCCCCAAGUGUUGGACAAUUAACGAACGGCUGGACUGUAGCCGUCAAUUUGACCUCUGUCCUGAUGAAGGCAGCGUUUCCUGGUGGCCAGAGUGGAGAUUCGCAAUUUUAUUUUUUAACCAGCAGGGUAUAUUCAUUAUGUAAAUGUGAUUAUUCAGCUAAGAGAUCUGUAAAAUAAAUUUUAUAUACUUCCAACA